AUGUCCUCAUCUACUGAAAGCCUUUCUAAUACUUCUGUUUCUAAUGAAAAUGGUUCUUUCCAACACACCCCUCAUAAAUCAGUAUUUAGACAUUUUUCUGUACCAAACUUUAUAGAAUAUCCAUUUUCUGUUAAUGAUGAUAUGGAAAUAGAUGAUGAAAUAAAAUCAAUUAUUACUCAUACACCUCCUCAUAAUAGUUUUGUCCAUGUUGUUAAUGACAAAGUUAUAAGUGAAGAAGAGGCAAGAAGAAUUACAAUAAGUCCAAAUGUAAAUGAAUUUAUGAUCAAAAAAUGUCAUAAUCCAACUUUGGUUUCUCAUAUUAAAGAAUUCUGA